AUGAUGUCCAAACCUGCCGAGUGGCCAGCUUUUGCGAUCUUGCUUGAAGAAGUGGAGAAUUGUAGAGGGAUGUUCCAGGCGUUCUCCCUUACAUACAUUCCUAGAAUGAAGAACACAAGGGCAAACAAGCUAGCACGGAGUGCUCGAGCUCAGCCCCAUGAUGUGUAUUACAUAAAUUCAGUUCUCCCGAUUCCGCUUCCCGGACCGUGCCCAUGUUUCUGUUUUUCGGAUAAGGACCUCUAA